GCCAUAAGCCAUAAGCGGUCAUCUUCUUUCCCUCUCCUUCAAGAACGCACCCAAUUCUUCCCUAUUUGCAUCGCAUUUGUUCUUGAAUCUCUUGGUCUUCUCAGAGAGAGAAAUAGAGAAAGAGAAAGAGAGAAUGUUCCAACACAAGAAGCCCUCUAUUAUGAAUUCUCAUGAUAGGCACAUGUGUGUUCAAGGUGACUCUGGCCUUGUCCUCACCACUGACCCCAAGCCUCGUCUCCGUUGGACUGUUGAGCUCCAUGAACGCUUUGUUGAUGCUGUUGCUCAACUUGGAGGCCCUGACAAGGCCACUCCAAAAACUAUCAUGAGAGUUAUGGGUGUGAAGGGGCUUACACUUUACCACCUAAAGAGCCAUCUUCAGAAAUUCAGGCUUGGAAAGCAACCUCACAAGGACUUCAAUGAUCACUCCAUAAAGGACGCUUCAGCAUUAGAUCUUCAAAGAAACACUGCAUCUUCAUCUGCCGUGAUAAGCCGCAGUAUGAAUGAGAUGCAAAUGGAGGUUCACAGAAGACUUCAAGAACAACUAGAGGUGCAGAGACACCUUCAAUUACGAAUUGAGGCUCAGGGAAAAUACAUGCAAUCGAUUUUGGAGAAAGCUUGUCAAACCCUAGCAGGUGAAAUCAUUAAUGCCCCAGGAAGUCAUAAAGGAAUGCCAAAUCAUGGAACUCCUGACGUAGGAACAAUGAAAGAGUUUUGUCUUCCUGUCAAUUUUCCACCAUUUCAAGACCUUAACAUUUAUGGCGGUGAACAGCUUGAUCUCCAACACAACAUGGAGAGGCCAUCGCUUGAUGGGUUCAUGGCAAAUGAUGAUGGCCUUUGUCUUGGAAAGAAGAGGCCUAGCCCUUAUUGUGGCAGCGGCAAGAGUCCUUUGAUUUGGUCUGAUGAUCAGAGGUUGCAAGAUUUGGGACCAGCACCAACUUUUCUUGGACCUCAAGAUGAUCCUUUCAAGGUCGGUGAUCAGAUUCAAAUUGCACCUCCUUCUACCGAUCUCAAUUCGAUCUCCAAUAUGUAUGAAACAAAACCGGUGCUUUCAGGAGAUACCAUUAGUAUUGAUCAGAAGAAAUUUGAAGCACCAACAAUAGCUAAGCUUGAAAGGCCAUCAUCAAGAACCCAAUUUCGACUGAAAGGAUGAAUCCUAUGAUGAAUAAUGGUGCCAUGUCCCACGGAAGAAAUUCACCAUAUGGAUGAGUCUUAACUUAAGUCCUGACUUAAUUAGGGUCUGGUACAUCUUGAAGAUUUAGCAAUUUAAAUUAGGGUUUCCUGGAUCCCCUCUGAUAUAUGCCAGGCAUGACAUGGCAAACAAAUCCCACAUCUACAUUAUUAGUGACUUAAUAAAUAUUUACACA